ACUUAUUUUAAUUUACUGGAGAAAAUGUCACUUUUGAGGGCUAAUACUUCAAUGUUAGUAUUGAUUUUAUGUAUUGUGAUUGUUAUGUGAUUGGCCAUUUUUAUAGGCAACGCCAGAGUGGGAUGGAAAACCAAACAAUAGUGUAUAUUUUGAUUCUCAGUGGACUGUCUGAUCUUCCAAGUCUUCAGCUCCCUUUGUUCCUGGUGUUUCUCAUGAUAUACUUUAUUACUCUGAGUGUGAACUUUCUAAUCAUUCUCAUAAUCUAUACUGAUUGUCAUCUUCACUCCCCCAUGUACUUCUUCCUUGGAACCCUGGCAUGUCUGGAUAUGGGCUACUCCUCAGUGAUUGUCCCACGAAUGCUCUUUGAUUUACUCACAGAUAGAAGACUCAUUUCAGUGCAAGCUUGUAUAACUCAAUUCUAUUUCUUUUUCUUUUUCAUUGCAUCAGAGGUUAUUGUUCUGGCAGUGAUGUCAAUUGACAGAUAUAUUGCUAUUUGCCGUCCUCUACACUAUACACAGAUAAUGAAUCGGAAAGUUUGUGUUCAGCUUGUAUCAAUUACAUUGGCUUUUGGUGCAAUAUAUUCCCUGGUACACACUCUUUUUUUAAGCAAACUGACCUUUUGCAGCUCAAAUACUUUGCAAAGUUUUUUCUGUGACUUGCCCCAGUUGCUUCAGAUCUCCUGUAGUGACACAUUCAUCAAUAUAUUGCUAAUAUUUGUCUCUUGGAUAUUCUAUGGAGUUGUCAUUUUAGGGGUCACUUUUUAUCCAUAUAUCACUAUACUCAGAACUGUUCUGAAAAUCCCAUCAAAAAACAUGAGAGUCAAAGCUUUCUCCACCUGCUCCUCUCAUCUAACUGUGGUCUUUCUAUUUUACAUUACUGCUUUUUUCAAUUACUUGUAUCCAAAUACAAAUUAUAAUUUGAAAGAGGACAAAGUGGCUUCUGUAUUUUAUUCUACAUUAACCCCCUUUUUAAAUCCUCUGAUCUACAGUCUGAGGAAUCAAGAAUUCAUAACUUCACUAAGAAAAACUCUACACAGACAGUGGUGGGGCAGAGUUGACAACAUUUUGUAA